AUGGUUCACAAGCUUUGUCGGUGGGAAGCCAGAUCCCUGGCAACGGCACAGGUUUCGCAGUACGGCAAGAGCGAGUACUGUACGCGCUACAAGCCCAAGGUACCAGACACAGGAAUGAGAUGGUGCUGCUGCUGA